CGCCGCAGACAGGAGUUUGGCCGUCGGCUUCCCCCCCUUCAUCGCGAGUGAGUUCCGCCGCUGUUGCAAGUGGUGGGCCGCUCCAUCAAAAGAGCUUUAACACUUCAGGGCCCUUUCCUUCCACAGGGUCCGGGGGAGGUCCGGCAGCUGGCAGCUCCUAUGAGGGGCACCAGGUCAGCAGGGGCCCCCAAAGCCGCCCAGAACCGGGGCCCUCCAGCUGUAACACUAUAGGGCACCCGGUUCUGCCACCUGCCAUCAGGGGUCAUACAUCACCAUCUGUCACCCACAGCGCACCCCAGCCUGCUGGUUUUACCCCUCAGGAGGAGAGUCAACCCAUCCAAGUGAUUGUUCAACGAGCUCUGGGAAAUCGCCAAUUAUUUGGACAAAGAAGGAACACCAUGCCCCCAACAUCUGUGGAAUUUAGUAUUGCCAGAAUUUCAAAAUGGUUAAGUAUGUCAUUGGCCGACAAAACCUGGCAUGCUUACAUCGCAAGCUGGAAUGAGUGGAUGAAGUUCAAAACAAGUUUUCCUAAAGAGCAUUAUCAAAGGGACAGUGACGUCUUAUUGUCUUUUGUACUGGAGCAAGUUGAGGCUCAGUACUCUCUUUCAGCUAUAACUAAAAAAUUAGCAGGCAUAUCUUUCUUUUUAAAGGUUCAAGGUGAGGCUGACAUAACUAAAUCCUUUUUGGUUAAACAAAUUCUUCGGGGUGUUGGUAGGAUUACACGAUCUGUAGACAUUAGGAGACCCAUCACAUUAUCAUUGUUGAAAGAUCUCGUUUCGGUCCUACCUCAAAUAUGCUAUUCUCGGUUUGAAACAAUGUUGUUUACGUUGUUAUUUUCUGUGUCGUUCUUUGGUGCCCUUCGGGUAAGUGAGUCGGUCUCUCAGAGUAAAAGAUCCCCAGGGGGUAUUGGGAGUGAAGACAUUCAUCUGGUUGAGGGCAAAUUAAAGAUUAUAUUAAAAAAAUCAAAAACGGAUAAAGUAGGAAGAGGGACAACCAUUUGGCUUGGUAAUAGCACGGAACAGUCAAUAUGUCCAGUAUUAGCUUUUAGACAUUAUCAGCAAGUCAGACCCUGCCUUCCUGGCCCUUUCUUUAUACACAGUGAUGGAUCUUUCCUUACAAGAUUUCAAUUUGUGAAAAUUCUCAAAGGAGCUGUCAGUAAGCUAGAUAUACCACCUGACCAUUAUAACACACAUUCUUUUCACAUUGGAGCUGCCACACAAGCCUCAUUGAUGGGUUUAGGAGAAGAGUUCAUCAAAAGGCUUGGCAGAUGGAACUCCUCUAGGUAUCAACUUUAUGUCAGACCUACCCUGGUUUAGUAAGUGUUACCUUUUUUCGUUACAGUUUCUCCUCCUUUGGUCUGGAUUAUUGGACACUCUUUCGUCCACAGAGCGAGAGCUAGAGCAGAACAACGAACCUACACAACUAAUUUAGGCAUUAAAGAUGUUAGAAUUGUCUGGAUGGGCAUUCGAGGCCUUAAAUGGCCAGAUUUAUUACCAAUAAUUUUGCAAAUGAAAUCUCGUUGGGGUUUCCCAGCAAUUAUUCUGAUCCAUUUAGCUGGAAAUGACAUUGGAAAGGGUAGAAACAUUGAUUUAAUUCGUAAUAUAAAAAGAGACCUUGCUCAGAUCAGAUUUAUUUUUCCCAAUACUGUGAUAAUUUGGUCUGAAGUUGUGCCCAGAUUAGUCUGGCUUCAAGAUGCAGGCUUUCACCCCCUUGAGAGAUGCCGCAAAAAACUCAAUUUUGCUAUCUCAAAAUUUUCCAAGACAGUUAAUAUUUUGGUUUAUAGGCACUAUGAGUUGGAGCAAGGUUUUGAAGGCCUGUAUCGUGCGGACAGGGUACAUUUGUCAGAUAUCGGUUUUGACAUUCUGAACAUGGGAUUCCAAAGUGCAAUUGAAAGAGCUUUACAUGUGUGGGGAAUGGCCAAGGCCAAUGUAAUGGUUUAAUUGGCCUUGACGUGGAGGUAUGCUCCUGGCUAGGUAAAAAAAUUGGCGGGGCUUAAGGAUAUUUGUGGUCAAGCUUUAAGGCGGUCCGCUGCAGAGAUCUGAUGCAGAGGCUGGCUGGGAAGAUAUGUAUGAACAGGUAUUAGUAUCAUUAGCAAUAUUAAUGUUCUGAUUGAUAUGAUAUUUAAUAAACAACAGCUGCGGCCAUUCUCCACCAUGCAAGUGUCCGUGUCUAUGAUUGGUUGUUGUAAUUGGGGUUUUGUAAGCAAGUAAUGCUGUCUGCAACUCCCAUGUUACAUUCU